AUGCAUUUGACAACCGUCGUUGCCUCGGCAUUGUUGCUCUUGGCCGAAGCCGACAUGAUCUCGGCCAAAGCCAUUGUGCAUCUGCCCAACGCCAUCCGAAGGAGAAGUGCCUGGGACGAAGGGAUGAUGGGGAGAGAGGGCGAUCGAAUUCUCCGCCGGGAACCGCAAUCCUCAACCGGGCCCCUUUCGGUGGCGGCCCCAACGGGAGCGUUGAACGAAACUAUUGCGGCGGCUUGCGUCAGCAGUCUCCAGUCACUCACCUCGGUCGAAAACGCCGCGGGCCUCGCCGCGUGCUACAACAUCAUGCAAUACGACAGCAAGCAAGGCGCCUUCGAGGCCGAUCUCCGGCUGUACCAGAUGUUCCAACCGACGGGCAACUUCCAGAAUGUGCCCAUCAACGACAUCAUGAUCAGUUUGACCUACCCCACCAGCACCACGUUCCAGUCGUUGACCAAGCGGCGGAAGCGAGAUGUGGAGGCGCGACAGAGCAGCAACAGCAGCAUGGUCGAAGUGCAACAGUACACCCUCUUCGGCACGAUUGAGAAGAACCUCGAUGUCGCCAAACUGAACGACACCCAAGUCAUGUCGCUGAUGCUGCCGGACAUCAAACUGAACGCGGCCACCAACUCCCAGACGCCCAUUAUGGCCAACGUCAGUGCCGCCGACGGCGCCUGGUUCGUGGUUGGGGCCUUCAAGGACGAAUUCAAAAACGGCCUUGUCAGCCCGUCCGUCGCCGCCGCCGCCAUCACCGCGGCGGUGCCUUUCGUCCUGCCCGGUACGAAGCUGGGCAUUUUCCCCACGGGGCUGAUCGUGACCUGCUCCUGGACAUUCCUGUUCCUGCUGGCGUAUGGGCUGGGCACCAUCGGUCGCAUUCAAUAUAGAAGUGUGUAUAGAAAGAGAAAGGCGGCUCGCGCCGGUCGAACGGGCAAGAGGAUAUAG